AGAAACUGGCCAAUAUUUAAGAAAAGAUGCUAGUCUUUUACCAUGUAAUAUGGUCGAAAUAAAGUCUUUUGUGUUUUUUGAUCUCGAGACGACUGGCAUACCAGAGUAUGAAUUUUUUAAGACAAAAAUUACGGAGCUUUCGUUAGUGGCAUGUUCCAGGGAACAUUUUCUGGAGAGUGUGAUCGAGCAGCCCCGUGUUUUGCAUAAGCUUAGCUUAUGUUUCAAUCCAGCUCGUGUAAUUUCUAUUGGAGCAUCACAGUCGACAGGGUUGUACAAUGAUCUGCUGGAGAACGAGUCUAAAUUCGAUGAGAAUGUUGGCGUGAUGGUGAAGAUGUUUCUGGACCGGUUGCAGAAGCCCGCCUGUUUGGUGGCCCAUAAUGGAGAUCGGUUCGAUUUCAUCAUACUUAAGCGGCACAUGCAGAAAAUCGGUAUUAUGUUACCCGAAGAUCUGCACUACCUUGACUCCCUUGCCGCUUUUCGAAAUAUAGAGACUGACCUGGAAGCGGCGACUAAUAAUGACAAGGAUGGAGCGGAGAAUGAAAUUUCGGAACUAGAGUACCAGGCGGUACGAAGUAUGGAGCAGCUCGAACAGGCCAACGAUAUUUUGGCAAUGCGUCGAAAAAUCAACGAAACCACACCGCAGGGUCAGCGUUUGGAGCAAAAUUACAAACAGACGCUCAGAGAGUUUCUAAAUGGUCCUGCCGUGCAAGAACAAACGCCAAUUCAGCCAUCCAAAGGUGAAGGUAAUAGUUCUCCGCCACUGGGCCAAUCGAAGGCGCGGAAAAGACUGUUCGAUACUGCAGCCUCUGAUGUUACGCAGGACGAAACAAAGCAAGCUGGUCCGUCCGAGCGGAAGCUGAAAAAACGCUACAAUUUAUCGGAACUUUACAAACGCACCAUCGGGAAGGAACUGGUUAAGGCCCAUCGUGCCGAAGAAGACGUUUUGGCGUUGAUGGAGUGCGCUCGCAUGCAUUCUGCUCGGUUUGUUCGAUAUGCUGAUACGAAUUGCGUCACGUACGACGGGGUGAAAAGUAUUUUUUAAUCUAAUCAGGCACGUGUGUUGAAGAUUUUCUAAACAUGAUUUCGGUACUAUUCCAUUUAUUUUAAUUUGCAAACUAUGCAUGCAAAUAUUUUUAAGACAAAAAGUGUAGAGAAUUCAAACAAUUACAAAAAUUCAGUAAGGCAAAACUCAUUUUCGAUAAAUAAAAGAAUUACGA